UGUGUGUUGUAUUUAAUUUAUUUAUAUGUAUAUUUUAAUCUUGUUGGCAUAUUGCUUUGCUGAAGCUGCUAUGCAACUAUUUUAUUUUAUAGCUUAUUGUAUUUGUUAACUGUUAUAUUUGUAACAAUUGGGGUACAAGUUAAGUCGCCGUGAUGGACAUGGCGCAUUCGUGUCGCUGCUGUCUGCGGUGUCCUCCGGACAUGGACCUUACGACGCCGUACAUUCAUCUCGGCAAAACGGAGAUUUACAUGGAGAUGUUGAAAGACUGCUUCGAUUUACAGCUUACGCUGGGCGGCUCGGGCUCAUGCGGCAUCUGCUCGGCGUGCGUGGGCCGCCUGCGAGACGCGAGCGACUUCAAGCUGCAAGUGCAGCGCAGCCAGGCGAUGCUGCAGGAAGCUGUGUUUAUAAAAGAGGAGCCUGUCAAUAUUGAGAUAACUGUAGAUGUCGUAGAAGAACUACAAGAAGACACUGAGUUUAUUGAAGAACCUGUACAAAAAACAGAGGUCAUCGAAGAUGAGACAGGGGAAGUUUUGGAUGAAGAUCCUCUAGUGAAGCCCGAGACGUCUGGUAAUGCGAUGAUGGAGGAUUUAUCAAAAACAGGUUCCGACUCCGUGCCAUCCCACGCCAGAGAGCAACCCGUAGAUAUUCGUCCAAUGAAGCUCGAGCGAUUCUGCAGCGAUGAGGAAAAUACAACUAUUCACUCUGAAGAGAAAUCAUACGCCUGUGAACACUGCCGCAAAAGUUUCCCAAACAAGUCUAGUUUAAAUAAGCAUAAGCAACAGAUACACUUAAUUUCCAAACAAUUUGCUUGUGAUUUUUGUAGUUUUACAUUCCAAACGAAAUUGCUUUUAUUGGAACACGAGAAAAGCGAACAUGGUGUUACUAAUUUCAUGUGUGCCGAAUGUGAGUAUACAACGGUUGACAAGAAAAUGUUGCGAACUCAUUUAAUGAGACACACAGUGGGAAAACUUUGGAGCUGCCGUCAUUGCAGUUACAAAACUCGACAUAGAGGUCAUUUAAAGGAACAUGAAAAGAUACAUACCGAUAAGCCUUACAGCUGUAACAAUUGUGACUAUAAAUGCUGUCGGAAACAAGAACUACGACGUCAUCAGUUGAUGCACACAGGUGAAAAGCCAUACACAUGUAGCUACUGCGACUACAAGUGUAGGGAUAAAAGUAACCUACGACGUCACCAGAUGAAACAUACUGAGGUGAAACCCUUUAAAUGUAGCCAAUGCGAUUACAAAUGCAGCCGGAAAGAGAGCCUGCAAACACACCAGAAGACGCAUACCGACGAAAAGCCGUUUAAAUGUGAAAACUGUGAUUUCAAAUGUAAAAAUAGAGCAAACCUACGGCGCCAUCAGUUACUGCACACUAGGGCAAAACCUUACCAAUGUAAGCACUGCGAUUACGAAUGUAUCCAGAAACGACGACUACUGGAUCACCAAAGGGUUCACACAGGUGAGAAACUCAACAAGAACUACAAGUGCAGUUAUUGCGACUACAGGUGUAGACGAAAGGACCAAUUACAGAAGCACCAAAAGAUACACAUUAUAAAAAAGUAGUUUGACCGCCAAAGGAGUUCUUUAUCAAGUCGUGAGACCGAGACGCAUCUACUUGAAACUCUUCAGUUACCUACAGGCAACACAGAAUAAAUAAUAGUACCUACUACCGUACAGAAAGGACACUUCCUACAAAACCGAAGUUUGACAGCGUUUCAGGGACAAAUCAUGCUGUUCCUUUCUAAUGUAUGGCACUAUCCCUUUCGGCUAUUUAAGAAAUUUAGGGUUGUCAAAAUUCAAGUCAUUAUCUUAUCUGUGAUCGUGCACGCAAAAGGACGUCAAGUGGUGCCAACCCGAAUAAUUGCUCGGAGCAAUGCUGAGCCGAAUGGAGCGAGUUUGCCCGAAAGGAGGAGUGUCUCUCCACUGGUGGUAGUUUAUUUUAAUUGUAUAAAAGAUAUAUGUUAAAUGCAUUACAUAAGAUAUAUGUUACGUAUUGCGUAGACUUUAAAUAUACGGACGUCAGUUUAGCUGAAUAUCUACUAUUUCAUGUCGCUCCAUAUUUUGACGUCCGUGAUUAAAGUAGUGCUCUGGAUUCAUAUACGGACGUCAAAUAUCGUGCGCUAUGAAUAGUAUGCGUCAAACUGAUGUCCGUAUAUGUGUAGCCUUUAAAUUAUAUACGGACGUCAGUUAAGCUGUAUAUCUAUUUUUUACUAUUUGAUAUAUGUCGCUUCAUAUUCGACGUCCGUGAUUAUUCUAACGUAGUGCUCUGGAUUCAUAUACGAACGUCAAAUAUCAUGCGCUAUGAACAGUAUGCGUCAAAAUGACGUCCGUAUAUGUGUUUUGUAUAGCGUAUAGCCUUUAAAUUAUAUACGGACGUCAGUUAGCUGUAUAUUAC